AUAUUUGCAGAAAUUUUAUUCUCAUGAUGACUGAAGAAAGUAAUUUGAUCGCCAACAUUUUAGAUACCAUAAUUUCAAGAGUAGAAAACGAACUAGAGCAAAAGCCAUCGUGCACAAACCAAUCAGAAAAUGUUACGCCAGAAAAAAGAACUCAAUUGGCAUGCGAUUCGGUGGAAGACGUAAAUUGUCGUAUCUGUUAUGAUCCCAAUCAAGAACUGCCUAUCAUAUAUCCGUGCAAAUGCAAGGGAACGAUGGGCGCCAUCCAUCUAAAAUGUUUGGAACGAUGGUUAGAAGAGAGCAAUAGGAAUAAUUGUGAAUUGUGUGGUCACGAGUUCCGGAUGGAACGAACGCCUCGUUACAAAGUUCUUCGGUCUAUCGGAGUUUGGUUGUGCCUGAAUCAGAAUGAGCAUCAGAUAUACGUUCGUAAUGUAAAGGCAGAUCUAUUGAGAUGUCUUUUAGUCACCCCAGUGACCAUCGCGUGUUCUUACAUCUGUGUAGUGGCUGCUGAUUUUUAUGCUAGGAAUAAUUACGACAAUUUUCCACCAGCACGAUGGACCACCUAUUCCUUGCUGUCAAUGAUGGCACUAUUAAUCCUAUCAUUCUUCAUCUGGAUUUACAUGGCGCUACAAUAUCAUCAAAAAGCAUGGUUUUACUGGUGGCAGAAAACCAGUAGCGUAAAAAUCGUUGAUUUAAUGCUGGGAAAUACCAUUUUAACUAGAAACAAUAGGUGCGAUACAUCGCAAGUCUGAUAAUAAAUGACAAGAAUAAUAAAGGA